GGGUUUGACACGACAGUCUUUGAUGUUGUCUAUGGGUUGAUGCGUGAAGAGGUGCACAAAUAUGAUUACUUUGAAAUGGACGAGAGUGUGGAUAGAAAUGUUUCUAAAGAAAACAAACAAAGAAAUUCGGGACCUCAUAAGAAAUCUAACAGUGCAGGGUUCUCAAAUCAGCCUUUCAGUCUUCAUUUGGAAGUUUACGAAGAUGAUUCUCUUUCUGACACAUCCUCUGAUUGUUUACAAAUUGUCACAUCUGACAAUGAAAUUGGAGAAGAUAAAAUACGAAAUAGAAAACGAAGACAUAGCCAGCUAGAAGAAAACGAGAUAGAAGAAUUUACCAGCCUAGAAGCACAGAUUGAUCGUCAGUUGGAUGCUAAGGCUGCGAAGACAAAUUUGAGUGUUACCAACGUCAAAAACAUUUUGAAGCAUGUCAUCACGAACAAGCGUGUCAUAGAAAUGGUUCGGCACACCCUGAGGGAGAGCGAAGCAGCCGACAGAGAUUCUGAUGACGAGGAUUGCUCCUUUGAGCCAAAGCUUACCAGAGCCAAAACCAAAGAGCUGUUGAAAUCACAACCCGCCAUCACGUGGCCCAUCACGCCAGCCAAGAACUAUGCCUCGGAAUGCCAGGUGCUGAUAGAACAGGAACUUCCAGAGGAUUCCAGCGAUGAGGAGUAUCAGCCAAACGAAGAGGAACAGAGCGAGGAAGAAAAGGAGAUGAGUGCCAGCGACAUGGAGUCCCCGGCAGUGGUCCCUCAGAGUGUGGCUCACGAGCCGGAGUGCCCCCAGCCUUCGACCCCAGCUAGCAACGACUCCAGCACCCAGACGUCCUGGACUGAAGACGGCCUCUUCAGAGUGCCGCAGGAACACAUCGGGCAGCGAACCCGCUCCAAGCUCUGCCUGAGCGACACGCCGCUGGAGACCAUCGAGCAGGCGUUCAUUCCUCCCGACAUCACCACGGACAUGUACGACUCUGAGUGUGACGAUGAGGACUGGAAGAACUUCUUGAAAGAUUUCAUGAAGCCUUUGACUCCUGAACUGAACGAGGCGGUGGACGAUGAUGAUGCUGACCCGGAGUACAACAUUGUGGGUGACGAGGAAGAAGUGGACAAGGAUGAGUUGCUGGCGGACGUUACGGUGGAAGUGUCGCGGAAGGAGCUUGACGACUUGGUUGCCGAGCUGUUCGAGGCUUCCAGCGACGAGGACGAGCUGGAGCCCCUGGAGGCCGUGUUCAUACCCGAGGAGCAGAGUGCAGCGGAAGUCGGUGUGCAGGAUGACUGCUCCGAGGCGUUGAUGCAGAUGCUGGCGGAGCAGAAACUGCUGAUUGGCCAGCAGAUGAGGAAGCAUGUCCAGCUCACGACUCAACACUUCUUGCAGUGCUACCUGCACCCAGAGUUUUCUCAGUGGGCACCUAAGUGCAAAGAGAUGUUGGUUUGUUUGAAGUGUUUGGCUGGUAAUAGAACUAAUUCUGCAUUCCUAGCAGAAAACUUGGAAGCAGCCAUCAAGUUAGUUGAAGAUUGGGAAGAGAGGUGGUCAUCUAAUGCAGAAGAAGAGGAAGAAUACGUAAGAUUUUUGCAAGAAGAAUCAAAAAGAGGGAGUAUAAAGAAUUCAAAUAGGAAAAUUAACAAACAGUAUUUUCCUAAACAAUUUUUGGAAGUGGUCAGCAGUAGUGAAGUAUUUCUGUAUCCUCUGAUGUUACCAGCAAGGCCAUUUAGAGUGGGAGAAUUUAAGCCAGUCUUUCUACCGGCUGAAGAGCAAUUGGCAGCCAUUGGCCUUGAACAGUUUGAAAGCUACUUAAAGGAAACCAAAGAAAAUUUCAAAGACCUGAUAAAAGUUGUCUCGUUAAUAGUGAAGUACAUGAUGCCUGGCAAGGACGUCCUGAAGCUGUAUGACAUCAUUCGCAGGAAGAGGUUUGUCAAGUCCAGCCCGAUACAUUAUUACUUCCGGCACAACUGUGCGCCGGCCGCUGAACACUUUGUGAUACCCUACAACUCGACCAUGGCGCGAGCACCGAACAAGCAGCCCAUAGAGCUGCUGCCUGAUGUGUGGAAAGAGGCUAUAUACCAUGAAAAAGCAUCUGUGAGCAUGUGGUAUGUUUGCGAGUGAGCCGGAUUCCCUGAAGCAAAGUCGAAACUUCAAAAAGUUGGUCUGAAAAUUGUGUUUACUGUAUCAUGGAAAAUUAUUACUGGCCAAUUGUGGAGAACUUACCUAAGGACUUAUUUUUUUAUCAUCUGCUGCUAGUUUGUUAUAGCGCUAAUAUUUUUACUCCUUUCUUUGCUAUUUUUUGUGCAGCUUUUUGCAACAUUCUUUAUGAUGAAAUAACCAUCAAUCAUAAUGUUUUAUUCUAAAUACUGUAAUUUACAAGUUAGCUGUGGUUUCAUUUAAGGCAAGAUCUGUGGAGCUGAUUGGAAUUUGUAGAAAUUAGUAGAAAAAAUUUUGUCAUUGUGUCACAAGAGGUCAGCAUGAUUUUCCAGUACCAGUAAUCUUAUUUUAACUAACGUUGCGUGUGUAUUAAUGUAUUUAAAUGUUAUUGCAUUUCUGUAAAGUAAAUUGAUGGUAUCCAUCAAAUUAAAUUUUGUAUUGUCUCAGUGUGCAAACUGCAUACUUAAGUUUUGUGGAAUUUAACUUUUUUUUUAUACAUAUUUUCUGUAUGUGAUAUGUAUGUAUGUACAUACAUUUUAGUUAACUGUUAAUAAUUUUUUUAAAAAUAUUAUUGAAGUGUUGAUACACUAAAUUAUGAGAGUCUCCAAAUAUGAUGUUGGUUUGUAAUGUCCAAUCGCAUUGCUUCAGGACUAUUUAAACUGUGUAAAUUUUUCACUGUGAAAUUCAUCUUUGUGUAAAUACUAUUUUUUUUAUAUUUUUGAAAUUAGAGAAUUUCUAAGAUAAAAAGUUUCAUAACUCAUGGUGUAUAUGAAAUAAAGAAGUAGGAUGACAGAUUACUUGCCAGAGAACAGAAAUUGUGUAAAUUUCACACCUCUAUCUGACCUAACCUUUAAAGCGUAGGCUGAGACAAAUAAUACCUAGUUACAUAAUAUAUGUAUAAAUAUAGUAACCUUAAUGUAUUUUUGCAUCUUUCAGAUGUGUCGGUACAAUCAGUACAAUUAACAUAAUUCAAAAUGAAAAUAUAUAAAUAUAUAUUUAUAUAUAUAUAAUUAUAUAUACUGUGCUAACAUAUCCAUUGUAUACCUUGUUUUUGCAGCCUAACCAUUUCUUUAACACUAUAAUUAAGUACUCCAAUAUAAUUUUUUUUCCCAACAAAUCUGUUCUAAAUGCACUACUUCAACCUUUCAGCAGAUAAAUUUGUUGCUCAAACAAACUUGACUAUCAUCAUUAUUCAUUUACAUAUCAUCUCAAAUGAUCUUGCUGUUGGCCAGAGGUUUCCUAUACAUGGUUAACUUUUUGAUAUUUUGAGGAUCAGCUGUCAAGAAUGUCCAAACACACUGUUAGCAUUGCAUUGUAUGUUGUAUUAUUGUAUAACAUGCUAAAUCCAAUAUCUGUGUGCAGAUAUAUACAAACAAAAAGUUCUUAUAGAUGCAGUAAAAUAAACUAAAAAAAAAAUUUGUAAAAGAUAGAUACAGUAGGUAAAAGAUAAAGUUUAAAUUUUUUGACAGAUGCUUCAAGAAGCAUGGAUCCUGAAAUAUAUUCCUCAGAAAGUGAGAGUCCUUGUGUGACUAGGUGGGGAAUGUUAUAAACACUAAACAGUUAAUUGUGAGUAAUUUUAUAUGGUGAUAAAAAACUGGCUUUAAAUUUUAAAAUUAUAAAAUUGUUGCAUUGAGUUGAAGGUAACUCAAAAAAAUUUCUAGAGACUGUAAUUUUCAGUUACAAAAGCACAGUCCAUGUCAGUGUUAAGUCAAAAUACUUAACUGUAGCAUUUCGAAUUGUUAAAGUGCAAGUACCUUUUUAAAAAAAAAUGUUAAUUGGUUGAUUUUUAAUGUGUUUCGCACCCUUACCAAUCCGUAAUUAAUCUGCUUUAAGACUUCUUCAGAAGGAUGUGUACACUGGUUAUAAUUGUAUGGCAAACAGAACAUUCAAUCUGAAAAAAAUUCCUGUGUCAUGAAACAGUAUGCUUACUAGAAUGUUCUAUGUAAUACUUGUUGCUAAAUGUGCUCUGAACUUGUUUAGGAGACUUGUUUCUUUGGACCAAAACACAGAAGCUCACUCUUCAUCUGUAGAAGUAGCAAUAAUUUUUUUUCAUAGGCCAGAAAUCCAAACUAUAUCAACAUAGUGGUGUGCGUUAUGUUCUGUAUGCUCUUCUCAUGCACUAUGUGUUAAGAGUUGUUAGAGUUGCUCGACUUAAAAUGCCAAUUACCUAUAUAAGUAAACAAAUUCUCAUCUCUGGGCAGUUUACUCUCAUCAAACAAGUAACCAACAAUUAAGGAGGCUACUUGGAGUGUACAGGAUCUAUGUUAGUGAUAAUAUAAAAUAUAAGUUUUAAGUAUCAGAAGAAAAUUUUUUUUUAUGUAGCCUUUGAUUGUAAUGACACAGUUAGUUACACACUUUGUGCAAUAGUGAAUAACAAUGAAACCAAAUACACUCAGUAUUAUAACACAAUAUAACAUAAAUAGUCCAUGUUUAAAAAAUUCAAAUUAAUGAAAUAAUGAAUUGAAAAUUUAGUUUAAUUAGGUACUGUUCAAUGUCAUAUCUGUGUUACUUUAAUUCUUGUUGAAGAUCGGGAAGUUAUAUAAAACAAAAGUUUCUCACGUAGUCUAUGCUCAUAUACUUAAAAUAGGAUAGUAUUUGAUAACUCACAAAAAAUAUUUUUUUAAUUUUGUUCCAUUUGAUCUAGCUAGAUAGAUCAGUGGGAACACAAUCACUGUACUCAUGGACCACUGGAUCCGAAAGUGUCCUUUCAUAAUGAAAAAUUCAAUAAUUUAUUAAAACUAUAAGAACAUUACUUUCAGAUAUCAAAGUUAGUAUCAGACGUAGCUAGGGUUCUUUAUUUGAUUAUAAAAUUUAGUUCAUAUCACUCGGCUUUGCUGUUGGGAACAUUGGCCAAAGUGUCACGAUCACCAUCAUUAUUCAUGUGAUAGGCAUAAAAUCAUAGGUACUUUUCACAUAAUUAACACUUGUAUGUUUAAUACUGUGAGUAUUGACUUUGCUAUCUAUAUAUCUUACUCAUUGUUGCUUCUGCUAACCAUCUUUAAGCAGACAGAUGCUACUCUAGAUAGCUAGCUAAUUUACACAUAUUUCGGUAGCACUUCAUCUAAGUGCUAACACAAUGGCGGCUAAAGACAGAAGACUGUUUUCAGUUCAAAGUUUUAAAAUUAUAAAUCGUUGAAUCUGAUUUGUGCACUGCUGUGCUGACAUUACAGCACCCGUGUUGUAGUUCCUCAAAUAAUACUAAGGACUCUUGGUACUCUAUUACUUUUCUUAUUGCCACACGUACACUAAUCACAGUUACAAUGUCUCGGAGUAGUACACAUCUAACUUACUCUUACAUAUCACGGCCAUCUUAACCUAUAUUUUCUCAACAGUCUCGCCAACUUGGCCAUAUACAACAAUGCAUAAAAUAAUGCUGCUUUAAAUAUAGUAAAAAUAUUCAAUCUUUCAGUGAAACUAUAUAAACAAUAACAGUAGCUAAAAAAAAUCAAUGCUCCUUAAAGGUAUUACGGCAAUUAUUGUAGGAGCGGGACAGUUGAAUCAAAACAAUAUUAAUAACUAGAGUCGUCACAAAUCAAAAACAAAAAUAAAUAAAAAAAUCACUGAAAAUUCAGAAAUGUCAAAGAAAAUAAUAUUGAAAUAGUUUUCAUAACAUCUGCAUGUAUGUUUCUGCACGUUGGCGAAAGUAUUUAAAAUUUAAAUCAUAAAAAAUACAAAAUAAUCCUAAAAUUUUCAAGUUGAUACCUGACACAGGUCUCAAAAUUAACAUUGUUCAUCCUUUGCCUAGGGCAUGGAAGGAAUGUGGACCUGGCAGAGACUCAUGGUUACAGGGCUGUGAUGUGGCCCUUGUGGGUGCAAGAUUAGUGUACCAUCGAUUUCAUUCAACCAAAAAACCUGGCCUCCUUUGAGCGUCUGGUACAAUCAUUUCUGAUUAAGAGAGUAGUUGAUUAAACAUGGAUUCUUUAGAUGUCCCACACGCCUCUGUCCAUUAAGUCGUUACGUGAUCAGUUGAAAAUAUUGUUACGAACGCAAGAGACAAGACCGCGAUGCGCGCCAGGUUUAGAGCGGGCUGACUGCCACGCACGGCUACUGACGUCACGUGCCGUACGUUGACGUAAGGCAUGCCACGCGUGCCCGGCCGGAUUACAAAGGUCCUCGCUACCCGCUUGUCCCUCCAUUCCCCGCACAUUAUCCUGCCUCUAACCUAUUAUCACCUUUAGCGGCCUGGGAAUUCCGGGCUUACAGAGGCCGCUGUGUGGAGUGGCAUGAAUGAGCAUCGCCAUUCUUGAUGACGCGACUCAUCACAGCUGCGCUCGUCGGUUCAAGAAGAGCGCCACAGGUACUUGAGCACUGACGCCGGCCUCCGCGGGAGUUGCUUGACAGUUCCGAGCGAGUUCCGAGAGUUCCGCGAGUGAAGGGAAGUGCGACAUCGGUGAAGAGGGUGAGAGACCCCUUCGAGAGUGGCGUGAUGCAGAGCGACGGGAUCGAGAGAGUGCGAUUGAUUGGCAGGAGACACACUGUGUGGUCAGGCACGAGGUAAGGGGCGAACCACUGUUGAGCCUAACUCAGGAGUUCAGACUAUCGAACUUGACAGACAUUGAGUGACUUGCGAAUAAACGGUUUUAAGUGCCAGUGAUUGGUGAUUGCUGAUUGGACAUUUUUAAAUGUGAUUAUUUAUCAGUAUGUAAAUAUUUUUAAUUAAUAAAACUUACCCUUAAGAACCAGUUCUCCCCACAUUGGUCGUAAGAAUAUUACAGAGAUCAGUUAAAAUAUUAUUUAUUGGACAUGGCUCUUGUACAUAAUUAUGUUACAAUUAAAUUACAAGUAAAACUGUUCAAAACACCAACUGCAUGGAAUUGGUUUAAGUUGCAGUUCAUGACUUUUUAUGGCCUGGACUACGGUAAAAGUUCGUUUUGAAAUUCAGAAACUCAGAAUACAAAAAUAUUAACUUUAAGCAGUUUACUUCCAAAGUAGACUCCAAGGAUAAGGAAAAGAGUUUAAAAUACUUAAUAGAACAGCUGAUGGAGCUUAAUCAGAGGAUGCAUAGUUAGAUUCCUCGGGGUGCAGCUACUGUCCUGCCCCUGGUGGUGGUUGAGAGAAACGGGGGUGCUGCACACAGUAGCGGCAGGGAGGCAUCUGUGCACUAGAGGUCUGCGAGUAUUCAAACAAGAUUUAUUAUUCGUGAAUAAUUUGAUGUUCAAUUCGACAUUCCAUAUUGUGUGUGAAUAUAUACACACACACAGGUUUUUUUUUAUAUAUAUAUAUAUAUAUAUAUAUAUAUGUGUGUGUGUGUGUGUGUGUGUGUGUGUGUGUGUGUGUGUGUGUGUGUGUGUGUGUGUGUGUGUGUGUGUGUGUGUGUGUGUGUGUGUUACCAAUAGAUAUUCUUAUAUCAUUUGGGACCUAUUCACAAAAUUAUAUAAAAUGUAACAUCUAUGAGGCUAAGAUGAUUUAUUGAGAAAUUUACUUUUGUGUUUUGUAUCAUUAUUCACACUAUUUGUUUUUAACAAAUCAUUUUUUAUGAUUUAAAAUAAUACUAUAUUUUAUGGAUUAAAUCCAUUUUAUAAACACAACUAUUUUCAAACGUAAAAUUUUGUUGUAUGAUAGUGUUUGUUUUUUAAUUUUCCUACCGUUUACACCUCUAUGUUUUGGUUCCAUGUGUAUUCCUCUCUUAUUUAUUUUAUUGUAUUUUGAAUAAAUUUUUCUUUCCUGUGCGAAGUAUGAAAAAAAAUUUCACUGUAUGCUAAAAUUUGUUAGAAAAUAAUUAAUAUUAGUGAAUAUUGUGAAAUUCAGUUCAAAGUUUGAUUGGAAUAAAAAAAUUAGUGUUAUCAGAAGCCUACCGUGAGCACCAAACAAUAUAGCAGUUAUUUUAGUUAUGAAUCUGUGCCAAGGGUGAAACGAAGUUAACCCUUCAACAAAUAUCUAAUAUAAUUAAACAAGGACCCAUCUAUAAUAUUAUAAUUUCCUUGUUCAUUUAUUUUAAAUUUAAAAUCAUAAAUUUAUCUUGAAUGAAGGUGUGUUCCGAAUUGCCUGUGCAUGGCACUGCCAUGUCCUUAUUAAUUAAAUGGAUUCAAAAAGAAUCACGUACACUCAGGGCAAAACAAAAAUAUAGUGUAUAAAAAGUAAGGGGGAUGUUGCACUGAUUCUAAGGAAGGAUGUACACAUGCAGGCGGAAGGUUCAAAACACAGCAGGAGUGGGAUGGAUGCGUUGAGGUGACAAGUCGCAUCGGCCAAUAGGAGGAGGCAUAGCGCCCGGUCAACUUCAAAAUUAAAAAAUUACUAAAAAUAACCUAAUUUAAAUACAUUUAGCACAUAUGCAAAUGAUAUGUAUUUGGAAACAGAAUUAAAUGAUUAAGGAACAAAAAUAUUAUUUAUUUCGUACUUGGAAGAAUUGUGUAGUGAAAAUCUCUUUUCAAGUGAAAGUACAAGCUUGUACUUUUCUGUUUCACAAAUGCUUAAUUAAGAUGUUGUGCUGCUUACGUAUAUUCAAGCAAACAUUGCAUGAACUAGAAAAUUGUAUCACUAAUUUGUACAUGUUCUAUGUAUUUUAGCAUCUAAAGGUUUUUAAUGAGGGACAUGUUCCUGUCACUUGGGAGCAGUGAAAUAGGUUAUCGCCAAGUUAAAAAUGGAACUUUGUAUUGCUUGGCUGAAAAAUAACUUUAUUCCAUAGUUACAUCCUCCGGCACAAAAUAUGAAAACCAAGUGGGGAAGCAGUAACGAGCAUGCUAACAAAGGUCAUAGUUGCUACCCUUUACAUAAAAAGAAACUGCAAACCAGAACUGUAAAUCAAUGUAAAUUACUGCAUGUAUGAAUACAAACUUUACCAACUAUGGUAUUUAAAUACCUCGUGCACACAACUGCAUGAUUCUAGAUGAUUGGUGGCCAAGAGUCACUACACUCGACGCAUUUGCCGUCGGGCGCUCCCAGGUGAAAAUAGCUCCAGUUGUCUUGCCCUCACACACACCACAAAAAAACAGACACACACAACCACGUGAAAGCUUAGUUAGGUUCAGUUAGCUACAAUUACUAUAGAUAAAAUUUUGUUGAAAUAUUCAAAUUUUGAAAGAAAAAUAUAAUUAUUUUUUCAUGGUAAUAGAAAGAGGAUCUGAAAAAAAAAUUUUUAAUAAAUAGUGCAAAGCAAAUAGGCAAUUGCAGUAUGUGUAAAGAAACUUCAAGAGGGUGACUUUAAAAAGAAUGUACAGUGAAUAGUUUAAUCCAUAGUUAAAUAUGAUGUAGGUCUAAAAAUAAUUAAUCUAGUUUGUUUCUUUGUUUUACUAAGUGAAAAAUAAAUCAUUAUUCAGAUUACCAUAUAUUAACAUUUAUGGAUUUUUAGCUUGUUUAAACUAAAAUGUAGGAACACAGAAGUUGCUUAGAAUGAUCUCUCUUUCUGGCCAGUGCAUAUGUGCUUCGUAAAAGAGGCUAGGGUUCCCCCCCUCAUGAAUUUUUUUUAGUUUUUUUUUUUUUUUUUCCCCCACUUGGAAGAAGAUAAUUAAUUGCCUAAGCUGACACUGCGCUGAGUGUGUGUGUGCGCACGCGUGCGGGCCUGUAUCCGGUCAUCAUUCGCUAUAUUAUCCACCAGAUAAACGUCGUCGCAGGUUGUUAGGCUUUAGAAGUACUCUAUUUGCUUUAAGUGUUCGACCAGAUGUUUUCUACAGGUUUUUUUUUUCCUCUUUGUCGCCCCGUUUUGAACGAAACUAAUUACAGAGUUGGCAUGUCGUGCUUCUACCAUCUAAUCAGAAAAUUGUCCACUUUAACAUCCGCGCAGUUGUUUGAUUUUUACGAGUAUGUAUUUAUGCUUGUCAGUUAUGCUGUCAGUUCUAAUCUAUUUGUAAUGACCUGCCGGACUCUCUUCUGUGUAAAAUACUUAAGCUAAUAACGUGGGUGUUAGUAAUGAUUUUGAAUUAUUGUGUAAAAUCCUAUUGUACUGUAUUAAACUAUACAAAAUUUACGUGGCUAGAUGUAGCAAAAAAGGUCCACAUAAAUAACCUUAAAACAUUACUUAAAUCCUGUGGAAAUUUUGUCCCCACAAGAGGAGAUAAUCUUCGUGAUCAAGAAAUUUUUCCAGACUUUAUUGAUUGCGCACAGCCGUAUUCGUAAACGACUGAAUAUUCAUUUCUUCGAUGCGUUAGUAUUCGAAAUAGAAUCGAAUACGAUUAAUAAACUAUUCGUUUUGAUAUUCCAAAGUUAAACAUUUCUGCACCUGCCUAGUGCCAUGUUAUAAUUUUUUUCUUUAUAUAUAUAUUUGUCCUUCAUAUAGUCUUGUUGAUAACAAAGCAUUUUUAAUGUUAUUUGUGUUUUACUAUUUAAUCUGUAAGCAUAAAUGCAAAGCGCAAGUUAAGUGUUGUUUACCCUUGGCUGUGAUACUGAAUGAAUAUGGUAGGUAUAGUUGUAAAUUGUAUACUCUUGUACCCAUUUGUUUGAGAGUUGCUGUAGUGAAACCAUCGUUGCAGUUUGCAUUGUUAUUGGUGCUUCAAUUUUAAUACCACUUUUGUAAGAUGUAACAGAAAAGUGCAUAACAUGUUUCAUGUAACGUGAAACCAUAUUUUAUUUGAUAAAAAUAAAACAUUUAAUCAUG